AGUACAGUAGGCCUUAUCUAAUAAAGAACACAUUCUCACAAAUAAAAAUACAUUUAGUUUGUUUUAUUGAAAUGUUCAACAUCAAAUAUUUACAUGGUGACAUCUUUCUUCAUCUUGCAGAGCAUCAAAAUGAAAGAAUAAAAAGCCAGGCUGAACGCCAUGCAGUUACAAGCCAACCUGCAGUAUAAACUUUUAUUCCGCUUUUGUGUUUUACUCUUUAUCAACGAACAACAUGAAUAAAUUUAUUAUGCGUUGUGGUGCAGGCGUCCACCCCGCCGCCUCCCACUCCCACAAAUCUACUCGACCGGCACAAACUGCAAAGCCACUCUAGUCACCUUGAAAUUUCCUCUGCUAUUUUCCAAUUAAAAGCUUAAUAGCCCUGGAGACGGGCUUCAUGUGGGGAAGUUUACCGUGCUCUUAUUCUCUGUAAGCCGCGCAGGCUCGGAUCCCAUUAUUUGCUUGAAUAAACCUUUUUUACGGUCAGAAAUGGGCCCCGGCUUUGUCCGGUGUUAUGUUUCAAUGCCCUCUAUUAGUCCAGCAGAAGGGACAUAUCAGCAUCCUCGACAUAGUUCCCAAAGGGCUUUUUAUACAUGUAGAGACCUAAUCAUCUAAGUUAUGUACGGUUGCGUAAAAGGUGCGAGAAGGCAGCGCGCGUUUUGUCAGAAUUAAGGCUCAAAGCCUGCAGGCCUGCAGCCAACAGCUGGCAGAGGAAACGGAAAGACAAAAUGCUCUGACUUCUUCAAAUCUAAAUUGAAUUAUACGUGAUCUUUGAUUUCCAUAUUGCUCCUGUUAUUUCCUUAAAGUGAGGAUAUAUAUCUGAAAUGAUCCAGAUUAGAGGAUAAAUUAGAUAAAUAAAGCAUAAAUUGAGUGAAACAGCUGUGUUUGGACUGUGGACUGAAGGUUUACACGUAUCUUUUGGGCGUUUAUGGUGCUAUUUUCAUGUUAAAUGGUUUUGUUUCAUGUUAAUUGUUAUAAUUAACAUUAAAAUGGUAUGCAUCAUGUUUAUAAAGUAUUUAUAAAUUGGUGCCAACAGGAAAUGUUGCAGUUUGUCUUUAAACCUCCUCUGAAUGUUUAAAUGGUUUGUUUCAUGCAAGGAUUCAGUUUCCAUUUGAAUUUGGACUUAAUUUUUUAAUGUAUUUAUGAAGACAUGAUGUCAUAUUUUGUUUCAUGUUGAACUGUUGGACGUUUAUGUAUCUUAAAAAAAAUCUACAAAUAGCUGCAAAUAGAAAAAGCUCUGAGUGACUCUGGCAGUUUGUUUCAUACAGAGACUCAGUUUUCCUGCACAAAGUCUUAAAAUAUACAAAUCACAGGCCUGUCCCGCCUUUUCUGGGACCAUUUCUGAGGAAAAUGUUGCAGCUUUGUGGAGAUGUAAUCUGUCUUUCAGGAUCAAGUCUUGAAAAUCUCCAAACUACUGAAACUACACAGUGAUUAUUUGUUUCCUCUUGACACAAGUGUUUCUCUCGUCAUUAAACAUAUCGUCCUGUUUCUAAAAGAAGCUCAAACGUGUGAACCUCAGAGGGAAACAUGUUGUGUUAUCUGAACCUUGCUGGCAGAUUUUUUUUUUUUCGCCUCACAUGGACAUUUCUUGCAGCGUGCAGGCGCCUUGACGCGAGUGACAGCGUUUGGUUACUCGUCUCCAUAAGAGCGUGUCAGCCUGAUGCAUAUCUGUGCUGUCAGCCGGGGGAAAGGUGGAUCCUCCACUACAAGCCUACACCUCUUAUCCUCAUCCUGUCAUGCGUGUAGCAGAGCUGCUCCAUCCAGCCCCAUCUCUCCUGACAACAACACUCCCGCCCCGCCUCACCUCACAGCAGAUGCACUUGUGCGUCCUGGAAAACACGCUGCGUCCGACAGAAUGAAUGGCUACGGGUCCCCCUACCUGUACAUGGGGGCUCCGGUGUCUCAGCCCCGGGCCCCGCUGCAGAGGACCCCCAAGUGCGCGCGGUGCCGGAACCACGGCGUGCUCUCCUGGCUCAAAGGUCACAAACGCUACUGCCGCUUCAAGGACUGCACCUGCGAGAAAUGCAUCCUCAUCAUCGAGCGGCAGCGCGUCAUGGCGGCGCAGGUGGCGCUCCGGAGGCAGCAGGCCAACGAGAGUCUGGAGAGCCUCAUCCCGGAGUCCCUCAGAGUGCUGCCCGGCAUCGGCAUAGCCGGGGCCGGAGAGGGGAACCAGGGAGCUCCGCCGAGGACAGAGGAGCUGGAGCUGAGGUGGAGCAGCACCGAGCCCACGCAGACAGGAGCACAAACCUGCGCAGAGCCGACAGAGGACGGUCCUGAUGAUGUGUCAGGAGGGGAGAACGGAGAGAGCUCCAGUGACAAGGAGCAGGACCCGGUCAGCUCCCCUGAGGGCUCCAAACCAAACUCCUGCUACACCCCUGAACCUCCAGGCACCCCCUCCCACCCAGAGGAGAGCCGCUACAGCCUCCCUAAAGGCGGCAGCACAGAGAAGGAGGCCAAAGCCGAGAGUCCUCAGAAGUAUCCCGUCAGCCCCGGAGAGCAGAGCGUGUUGAUUGAAGGCCUCGCCGGCUCCAUCAACCUACCCUUCAGCCUCAGAGCCAACCGGCCGCCCCUGGAGGUCCUCAAGAAGAUCUUCCCCGCUCACAAGCCCCCUGUCCUGGAGCUCAUCCUCAGGGGCUGCGGGGGGGACCUGGUGGGGGCCAUUGAGGUGCUGCUGUCCAGCCGGAGUCCUGACAGUACUGGCGCGCACCAGCAAGCCGACCCGCACCCAGACGCCCUGGUGCUGCCCUCAAACGGACACCUGUUCGAGCACACCCUGGGCUCCUACCACCCGGUGUCCUCUUCCGCCAAGUGGUCGGUGGGCUCGGCUUUCCGGGUGCCCGAGUCCCUCCGGUUCACAUCCGACUCAUCUUCGGGCGUGGUGUCCGGCCCGCUGGGUGUCCCCCUGCAGCACCCGUCCUUCCCGCAGCCCACGCGUUACCCGCUCAUGCUGCGCAACUCUCUGACGCGCAGCCAGGCAAGCCCCUUCGUGCACAACGACGUGACUCUGUGGAAUACCAUGGCGCUGCAGCAGCAGUACCAGCUCCGCUCGGCGGCCCAGUACGUGUCGCCUUUCUCCCCCGCAGCCCCCGCGGGCCCAGGGGGGACCGUGUUUCGCAGCUCAGCCAUCCUCCCCUCCAGGCCUUCCGAGGAGCAACGCAUCAGCAUCCAGGAGGAGGGCUGCUCGCUGGGACCCAAAUCCGGCCUCUACUCCCCCGAUGAAGACUACGAAGAGCGCUCCGACUCCGCAGACUCCCGCAUCCUGAACUCCUCCACCUAGAACAGACGCUGAUGAUGGACUAAUGCAGCAGGGAGAACCAAAAAUAUAUUGUGAUGGACAUCCAGUCUGUGUAAAGUGGGGGGUGAGGGGGAGGGGGUGUCUUGUUUGAAUUGAACUGUGUCAAGCAAUCACCCUUUUGAUAAGGUGAUGUUAAUCCUCUUUAACACCAUCCUUCACGCUUUCAAGAUGUCACGUGGACUUGACCAAAACGGAUGAAUGUAGCAGACUCACGUUGUUUUGACAGUCUGUCGUCAUAUUUCCUGUAAGCAUGUUUAGUACUGUGAAAACUUUCGAUGUAAGGAUCACAACUGCAUGUCAAGAGUAUGCCAAAUAAAUCUGAGUAGUCCAAAUGGA